AUGGAAGGUUCCAGCGGCCUGUCUGAGUGUGUGCGCGUGAAGGAGGAGCCCGCCGAGCCAGAAGCGGAGCCCGAGCACCCGCCGCCCGGCGCGGCGCCAGGAGUACACAUCAAAGAAGAGCCACAGAAUGGACAUCAUUCAGACAGUCUGAAGGAGGCAGAGCGUGUCAAGCAAGAGACGGAAUGUGAAAAUGAAGUCAAGGAAGAUCCCUCAUGCUCCGACAGUGAGUGUGGUGUGAGCGAGGCAGCCAUGCUGGCCGGCCUGUACACAGACCAUGAAGUCAAAGAUGAGCUUGUUCUGGGACAGGAGUGUCCAUAUCGACCUGACGUCACUCUAGUAGUUAAUGGUCGCGUUAGUUCUGUGCUUCGAGAUUGCUGCGUGACACUCGAACGUCUCCCACACGUCGAGGCUCUCGUCCAGCGCCAAGACACAACUUAUAUUGACACGAAAUCCGAUACUGACAAAUUAUAUGCUAGAGAGAAAGUACCGAUAUGUGAUCUUUGUGGUGAAAGCUUCAGUCUAAAGUCAGAUUUAUUGAAACACGUCAUGGAUCAUAUCCACAGCCCUUCAAGCGCGGAGCAGGAAGGGAGUGGACACAGUUAUGCAUUUGAUGGUCAAUGGACGCAGGAGCAGGAGCGCGCCCUGUGCCGCAAACACGAUAUUCGAGACUGCUGCGUGCUUCUCAAACGCCUCCAACAUCACGACGCUCUCGUCAGCAACGAUACCCAAUACAUAACUCAAACUGACACGGAAUCUGAUACAGAGGAAGUACACACUAGAGUUGACUAUGAGAAACCAACAUGUGACCUUUGCGGAGAAAGUUUUGCACUGAAAUCCGAUUUGAAGAAACAUAUCAUGAUUCAUAUCCAUGUACCUACCACACACCAUCCACAAGCGGGUACUGAUAGGGAAUCAGAUGCUGAAGAGAAAAACAUCGAUAUUGACUGCGAGAAUGAACCUACAUGUGAAUUUGCUCUAGACUCAAAUUUAAUGAAACAUGUUAUGAUCCAUAUGUACGUAGGUCGCACUAAACAAAUGUAUGAACAUUCAGAAAUGAAUACUUAUGAGUGUGACAUUUGCGGUAAAAUAUUUAAGCGAAAAAAUAGCUUAAAGCGUCAUAUUAAAACACACUCGACCCAGUCAAAGUCUAAGGACUUUAAAUGCAACAUAGGAGAGAAAUCAUACAACUGCGAAACAUGUGAUAAGCGUUUUAUACAUAGAGAUCGGUUGAAAAGACAUUUACUAAUUCACACGGAUAAAAGACCAUAUUCAUGUGACGUAUGUGAAAAAGGAUUUAAAACCGGGAAACAUUUAAAAAUGCAUACACGGAUUCAUACUGACAUAAGACCAUAUUUGUGUGACGUAUGUAAAAAACGAUUUAGAACUAAUAGUCAUUUAAAAAAGCAUACACUGAUUCAUAGUGACAUAAGACCAUAUUUGUGUGACGUAUGUAAAAAACGAUUUAGAACUAAGACUCAUUUAAAAAUUCAUACACGGAUUCAUAGUGAUAUAAGACCAUAUUUGUGUGACGUAUGUAAAAAACGAUUUAGAAAUAAGAGUGAUUUAAAAAAUCAUACACUGAUUCAUAGUGACAUAAGACCAUAUUUGUGUGACGUAUGUAAAAAACGAUUUAAAACUGAGAGUCAUUUAAAAAAGCAUACACUGAUUCAUAGUGCGGAUAAUCCAUACACAUGCAAGAUAUGUGGAAAGAGUUUCGUAUGUAAGAGUGGGCUGAAUAAACAUAUUCGAAUUCACACCGGCUUUGCAUCAUACUACUGCGGAACAUGUGGAAAGCGUUUCGCAACUAUAGGCUGGUUGAAUAGACAUUUUACAAUUCAUGUGUAUGAUUUCUUAAAUUAG